UAGCCGAGCGGUGCGUCACGUGGCGCGAAGACGUGUCAGGGGGCGGUGGCUCUGCAGCCCCAGCCCGAGUUAAAACCGGAGUGUGCGAGAGAAAAGCGCUUCAGUAGCGAGAGGGGCUGAGAAAGUGGUGACACCGCCGGGGUGCGGAGGGAGUCCCUGAAACUUCUCCCAACAGCCCCAGGGCCAAUCUCCUUUCAGCCCACUCCCCUCUUCGCCAGCUCCCAGGUCCCCACUCCCUGCAUUGGGGGUGGGGUGGGGAGCCAGGCUCGUCUCCCGCUGGGACACACACAGGGGCCGGGAACGGGGACGGGACCCCCGAGGCGGGGGGACGGACGGACAGACAGACGGCCGGCUCCCGCCCCAGCGGGCAGGCAGGCAGGAGGAGGCGGAGACGGGGGUACGACGGGGAGGACUGGGUCUGGGAGUUUCCUCUCAACUACCGGGGGAGAAACUCCCCGCAGCCGGAGGAAAGACCCAGACGGUGUUUUCCUCCCGGGGGCCGCGCUCCCCCGCCCCGCGUAGCGGCGGUCGCCGCCGCCGCCACCGGCGCCUCCACCUCUACCAUCUCCUCUUUCUCUACCACCGCGGGCCCCGGUGUCCCCGGCCAGCACUAUGCCCAUCUUACUGUUCCUGAUAGACACGUCUGCCUCUAUGAACCAGCGCAGCCAUCUGGGCACCACCUACCUGGACACGGCCAAAGGCGCGGUAGAGACCUUCAUGAAGCUCCGUGCCCGGGAUCCUGCCAGCCGCGGAGACAGGUAUAUGCUGGUCACUUUCGAAGAGCCGCCCUAUGCUAUCAAGGCCGGAUGGAAAGAAAACCAUGCAACGUUUAUGAAUGAACUGAAAAACCUUCAGGCUGAAGGACUUACGACUCUUGGCCAAUCCCUAAGGACAGCUUUUGAUUUAUUAAAUUUAAAUAGAUUAGUAACUGGCAUAGACAACUAUGGGCAGGGAAGAAACCCCUUUUACUUGGAGCCAGCAAUAAUUAUUACAAUUACUGAUGGGAGCAAGUUGACUACUACCAGUGGAGUCCAGGAUGAGCUCCAUUUACCUCUUAAUUCUCCUUUGCCUGGAAGUGAAUUGACCAAGGAACCUUUUCGUUGGGAUCAGAGACUCUUUGCAUUAGUGUUGCGGUUGCCUGGCACCAUGUCAGUAGAAUCAGAACAGUUGACAGGUGUGCCUUUAGAUGACUCUGCAAUCACACCAAUGUGUGAAGUGACAGGCGGUCGCUCUUACUCUGUAUGUUCUCCAAGAAUGCUUAAUCAGUGUCUGGAGUCCUUGGUGCAGAAAGUGCAAAGUGGAGUGGUAAUAAACUUUGAAAAAGCAGGACCAGAUCCUUCCCCUGUAGAAGAUGGGCAGCCAGAUAUAUCAAGGCCUUUUGGAUCUCAGCCUUGGCAUAGCUGUCACAAACUCAUAUAUGUCAGGCCAAAUCCCAAAACUGGGGUUCCUAUAGGUCAUUGGCCUGUUCCAGAGUCUUUUUGGCCAGAUCAGAAUUCUCCAACACUACCACCUCGUACAUCUCAUCCUGUAGUGAAGUUUUCCUGUACAGACUGUGAACCAAUGGUUAUUGACAAAUUGCCUUUUGACAAAUACGAGUUGGAACCUUCACCACUGACUCAAUUUAUCCUGGAAAGGAAAUCUCCUCAAACAUGUUGGCAGGUAUAUGUGAGCAAUAGUGCAAAAUAUAGUGAACUUGGUCAUCCCUUUGGUUACUUGAAAGCCAGUACAGCACUGAAUUGUGUCAACUUAUUUGUGAUGCCUUACAAUUACCCAGUCCUCCUUCCCCUUUUAGAUGAUUUGUUUAAAGUACAUAAAGCAAAACCAACAUUGAAAUGGAGACAGUCAUUCGAAAGUUAUUUGAAGACAAUGCCUCCCUACUAUCUUGGGGCCAAAAUAGAAUCUGAUCGAGUCAUUGGAUCUGUAGGCAAAAAAGUAGUACAGGAAACUGGAAUUAAAGUCCGAAGCCGAUCACAUGGUUUAUCAAUGGCCUAUAGGAAAGAUUUUCAACAACUCCUCCAGGGAAUUUCAGAGGAUGUUCCUCAUAGACUGCUGGACCUGAACAUGAAAGAAUACACUGGGUUCCAAGUUGCUUUGCUCAAUAAGGAUUUAAAGCCACAGACAUUUAGAAAUGCAUAUGACAUACCUAGACGGAAUCUUUUGGAUCACUUAACAAGAAUGAGAUUUAAUCUUAUGAAGAGCACCCGAAGAUUUCUUAAAGGACAAGAUGAAGAUCAAGUACACAGUGUUCCUAUAGCACAAAUGGGGAAUUACCAGGAAUAUCUCAAGCAAGUACCUUCUCCACUAAGAGAACUUGAUCCUGAUCAGCCUCGAAGGUUACAUACAUUUGGCAACCCUUUUAAGCUGGACAAAAAGGGUAUGAUGAUAGAUGAAGCAGAUGAAUUUGUGGCUGGACCUCAAAAUAAACAUAAACGACCUGGAGAACCAAAUAUGCAAGGGAUCCCUAAAAGACGUCGCUGUAUGUCUCCACUGCUGAGAGGCAGACAACAGAAUCCAGUUGUGAACAAUCAUAUUGGAGGAAAAGGACCACCUAUACCUAUGACUCAAGCACAGCCAGAUCUUAUUAAACCCCUUCCUCUUCAUAAAAUUUCAGAAGCCAGUAAUGAUUCAACAAUAGAUGAUGUGGUUGAAAAUCAUGUUGCUGACCAACUUUCAUCAGAUAUUACACCAAAUGCUAUGGAUACUGAAUUUUCAACAUCAUCUUCUCCAGCCAAUUUACUGGAACGACCAACCAAUCAUACAGAGACUCUUGGUCAUGAUCAUUUAGGAACUAAUGACCUCACUGUUGGUGGAUUUUUGGAAAAUCAUGAGGAGCCAAGAGAUAAAGUACAAUGCCCUGAAGAGAAUAUACCAGCAUCUUCACUCAACAAAGGGAAGAAAUUGAUGCAUUGCAGAAGCCACGAAAAAGUCAACACUGAACUAAAAGCACAAAUAAUGAAAGAGAUUAGAAAGCCAGGAAGAAAAUAUGAAAGAAUCUUCACUUUACUGAAGCAUGUACAAGGCAGUUUACAAACAAGACUAAUAUUUUUACAAAAUGUCAUUAAAGAAGCAUCAAGGUUUAAAAAACGAAUGCUAAUAGAACAACUGGAGAACUUCUUGGAUGAAAUUCAUCGAAGAGCCAGUCAGAUCAACCAUAUUAAUAGCAAUUAAAAGAAAACAGAAUGUGGCCACUUAUUUCACUAUAUCUUCUCCAAAUACAAAGUAAAUACAAGACUGUUGUGAUUUUGCAUUCAUUUUUUGACAUGCAUUGUUGGCUAUUUGAAAUACUAAGAGCAAGUCUACAGAACCUUUCUCAUCAUUUUACAGUGACCUUUUCAUUUUGGUUUAUUUUUGUAAUGUGAAAAGUAUCACUCUAAAAAACAUUUUUAUUUAACAAACUAAAAAUAUUCCUUCAAAUCUCUUGCUUGUCAUUGACUCUUGCGUGUCAAUUUCCCUCAGGUUCUAUUUUCUUAAACCAACCUUUAAAAUUGUCACCUCUGUUAAGGUUGAACUUUGCCAAAAAAAUAAAAAGAAGUUACUUUGUAAUUUUUGGGGAAAAAAGCACAUACAUUAAAACUAGGUAAUGUUUUGUAUAUACAGUUAUUUUGGAUAUAUUAUUGUAAGUUGUACAAAUGUAUUUUGAAGAAUAUUUAAGAAAAGCACUUUUGUUAUUCCAUCAAUAAAUGCUCUAUUUUACUCUUGUGUGGUUUAGGAAAUAAUCACAUUUAAAGAAAUCAUUUAAAACUAUCUUAAGAUAAUGGAAUUUUAAAAGCUUUGCUUUAUAGCAUUGAAAAAAUACACCACUUGAAGUUCAUAUUUGUUAAACCUAACUGUAAUUACUUGGUACAUAAUCUGCAUUGUCUUUUUUCUAUAUGUUCUUAUCUUUUGUUGGUCAUGCCAAAGUACUCCCAUUUCUGCCCAGAGAAUGGAAUCAACAAUAUCUGUAGCAGAUAGGCAGGUACUUUAAAAGCUGUUUAAAAAGCAGACACCUUUGGACAUUAUUGGUUUCCUUAUUUCCCUUCAACCCCUUUUCCUUUCUUACUAGGAAGUGUAGAAGGCUCAGAGUUGAAACUGUUAGGGAGUUGUAAGUUUGGGGAACAUCACAUACACUGAAAUAGCUUCCUGUUAGCAGCUUGAUGCCAUGCUUACAAAAGUCCCAUAAAUUGGGAGUUCAAGGGGGAUCUCUUUGUUCUCUGCUAUUCUCACACAUAAACUCUCCAUUUUAUUUGAAGCUAAAUGAAAAGGAAACACAUUAGGAUGACUUGGCUCAUUUUGCAUUACCCCCGUUUACCUGGGACAAGGAAAAACAAACACUAUUCAUUGUCCACCUUCAGUAAAGUGGCCUCAUGUCCUUACUGAGGACACAACCCUAUGACCUGACUCACCAUUCAUAUAUCACUGCUGUGCCUUGUAGUGCUUUGGGAUAGCCAGUAGAAAAAGAAAAAUGCAUUUAGAUUAAGUGGGUGAAAUAAAUUUAUAAAAUUAUAGUAAAAUUGAAGUAUUUUUAGGUUCAUAACAUUUGAAAAUUACAUACCCUUAUCUUUUUACACUUUAGUAGAACAGUUUUUACAUUUCAAGGGUAUAGGGUAAUGAAAUUGUAACUUUUUAUGAAGAAAAGCAUAGAUGGAAGUGGAGAACAUGUUUGAGAUCUGUUAAUUUUUUUAGUCUAGGGGAUUUGAAACUCUCCCAAUACUGAAGAUAAACCCUGUCAAGAAAAAGAAGCAUGUAUAAUGUUAUAUAGUAUUUUCAUAUGCAAUUCUUUAAACCUUUUUUACCUCUACUAACUUUCUUUAAAGCAGGAUGUCAUUUAAUAGAUGGAAUUGUUAAGGUAAUUAUCUACAGUCACAUUGCUAAAUUCAGCAAGAGUUACACAAAAUCCAGAAUAUAUUGUCUGGUCUUAAAUUAUAUAUACAUGCUUACAUUCCAAGAUUAAUGGAAGGGAUUACAUACAAGUCAUUCAGAUAAAAAUUCAUGCUUAAGAAUAUUUAGGAAAGGGAUUCAGUCUAUUCCAAUAUUUAGUGUCCUUAUCAAAAAAAUUCUAAUUUUCAUUUCAAAAGUUGCUCAUGAGCUAAUCCUUUAGACUCUUGACCUUUAAUCCAUUGUUGGGGGGAUGAACCCUAGAAAGAGUUGUAAAGAAGCAGUUUAUUCAAUCUCUUUUUGUCAAUCUCUGCCACAAUACUCUACACGCUCAUCCUAAAACCUAGUCACAAGGUUUGAAACCCAUUGAAAUUCAAGCUUAAUAUCCCACCUCUAUCAGGUUUUCUGCAUUUUAAGAAACUUAGCUUAUAUUUCAAUUAGUGAAAUACUGUAGAAUUCUUAUAAGCAAAGGGGAAGUGGACUAUAUUUGAGUGAAAUAUGUCUUUUAGGCCUUUCAGCUCACUGGAUGACUAGGCUGGACAAAUUAUAUUUUUCAACAGUUAAAUCUUGAGAUAAAGAGUUUUUCUUAAUG